UAAUUUUGAAAAAUAGAGGUUUAUUAAAUUUGUAAAAUAAGUUGAUUGAUUACAAUCUACAAGCAAGAAGUUUGAAAAGUAAAAAAUCAAGUUGAAAAACGAAGACAUUUUGAACGAAAAAACAAAUUCAUUUCAAGUACCACGGGUUCAAUUCCUAACAUGUCGUAUUUGAAAUCUCCCCACUACGCUAUGAAUGGACUGGGCUUAGGCCACGAUAUGAAUCUUCUUCACCCUACAGUCACCUAUCCCGGCGACUCUGCAGCUUGUUACUUCCAACGAAUCCAAGGAAUGCACCAAGGAGCUAAGAACAUGCAAUUUGCGGCACCACCAGUAUACAGUUCGUCUAGAAAACAAAGGCGAGAGCGAACGACCUUCACACGAGCUCAACUCGAUAUUUUGGAAGCUUUAUUCGGAAAGACAAGAUAUCCCGAUAUCUUUAUGAGAGAAGAAGUUGCCCUAAAGAUCAACCUUCCAGAGUCCCGAGUACAGGUGUGGUUCAAAAAUCGACGAGCAAAGUGUCGCCAACAAGUGCAACAACAACAGCAAAAACAAAAAUCCGGGUCAGGUGGCAGUUCAUCUAAUUCAAGCAGUAGUACUGGUAGCAGCAGCAGCGGAAGCGCCAGCAGCACCAACAGCAACAAUAAUAGCUCAUCAAGUUCAAAUAAGAAGAAAAGCCCACCGACCACACCUACCCCAACGGCGAACGGACCUACUACCAGCAGUUCACCCUUCCAGCAACACGGAGCACCUUCAGCACAUGCCCCACACGCGCAAUCAACCAGUCCACCUUUGCCCAGCUCUCCAGUGUCAUCUAACGGACAAAUCGCACCAUCUGUCACGCCAUCAGAGCUUAUGAGUGCCAACGGCCCAGCACCGAUCAGUUUACCUGGAUCCCAUGGCGCACACAGCGGUAUGGUACAUAACGGUAGUUCAAGCAACAUUUGGAGCCCUGCUUCGGUCUCUCCUGGUGCAAGCAGCGACGGAGCAUCAAACGUCCCAGGUAUCGGUUACACCGGUGCUUUGGGAAGUAAUAACUCCCCAUACAUGGCUGCCGCAGCUGCUGUAGCUCACGCUGCACAUUCACCAUACUCUGCGACAUCCAAUGCACAAGUUUCAUCAACUGGCUACCCACAAAACUACCACACCUCGCACUCUUACUUCGGUACAAUGGAAGCGUCCUAUCUUCCAUCUGUGCCUUUCCCGGGCGCUGCACCUGGAUGCGGAAUGGGAGAUAUGUCAAUGGCAGGGCAGCAGUCCGCAGCUCAGCUUGGCCACCACGGUACUGGCCAACCCCACCCAGCAAGCCACCAUCAGUUUAUGUCUCAGUCGUACCCCUACCACCAUGCAUCGUCAGGGGUAACGCCGACCUACCCUACUGUCUCGGACUGCUUAGACUACAAAGACCAAACCCAGGCGUGGAAAUUCCAAGUCUUGUAACGCCUAUCACGCGAAAUGUAGCACUAAACACAGCGAGCUGUACGAACGCCUGGCAGCCAAGGCCGAUGCGAACAAUGUAGACGAGGCACCGCUUUUGCUCGACGCUGUUAGGAGACAUACUGGCGAACUGACUUGCCAACUAUAGAUACACAACUUACCAGCUUGAAAUGGAGUGCCAACUGUUCGCCGCUGGUCGGAACUGCAUAAGUGCGCCUUGUAAAUAACUUGAGAAAGCCGCUUAACCGAGUGAUGUUUCUAUAACCAUUCGCUCGGCCAAGUUUACGAGUUUAUCAGCAAUUGUACGAAAAAUUCAGUUUUCCUGACGUCAUAAGAUUGAUGUUGUAACUUGUGUUGUGUUUUUUUUUCUCACCGCUUGGUGUUGUAUUGCUUUAUUUAAAUUCUUUGUUUUUUUUCGCAGUUAUAUUUGCUAUAUAAUAAUACGCUGCACAAGGUCCUAAGUUAUCAUAUUUUUCAUAAAAACUUUUGGUUUGAAAACAGACAUUUUCAGCACCAUACACCCAUACCAGCAUAAGCUAUAACAUAUUAAAUAAUAAUUUCAACCCUGGUGCUGUAAUGUCGGUUGAAAUCGUAUGCUCAGCGUUUCCUUACCAACAUAGGUUGUUUUUCACCCUACGAUACAACAACAGCUUUUUAUUUGUGCUGUUUUCAAAUCAUUUUUUUUCAUUUUCGUGCCCGAAUACACCGCGUAACUUUAGAGCAUUUCAGUAUUUCGCCGAAAAGACGACUGCUUGAACCAUCUUAAAGGAAAUCUGUGCAAUAUAAACACCCACACAUACCUUUCCAAACAUUCCAGAAUAUUGGACUGUCCUCCAUUUUGGAUUAGGUUUCGUUUAAAAACUUAAAUGCCCGCGUAUGGUUUAUAAUGUUGCCAACUUAUGGUUCAAUGCUUUAUCGUAUAAGAUUCCCCAAAAGCCAUUGAGAUUUUCGUUCGCGAAACCAUAUGUAUUAAUAUCACACCGUUUAUCAUCUUAUACACGGCAGUGUUGUUAACUUUGUUUCUGUAACCGAAUGUCCCUUUAUUUGCUUUUGAUCAAUACAAGAAAUGAAAAAGUG